GCACGCAGACCAUAUGGGUCAUACACAGCACGAAUCAAAUAGAUACACUGUUAGAUCAGAUAAACUUCAUUACCGAUUGUAAGUAUUGCUGAGUGGCGUAACACUGCCGGCCAACUCAGUAAAACAGCUACGUUUCUAUUAGGAGGGUCACAGGUUUGACUGAAUAAAAUUGAUGUUCUACAAAUUUACAUCCCUUAUUGAUGAAUUCAUCAAAUCAUGUAUCUUUAGGACUGGGGGACAGAAAGUGAAAGACUGAAAAUGGGUCGUCGCCUAGACAACCUGUAUUUUGACACUACCUAUUAUCCAGUGGCAGCAUUCAGUUGUGCUUUCUUUUUGUACUUGUAUAGGUAUGUUAGUCCAAAAUUAUCAUCAAAGAUAUGUACCAAAUAUAGCCUUCUGUCUGAUACUGAGCAAGUAGAUUGGAACAAUAGGAUUAACUCAACUGUGCACUCUGUUGUCGUGAGCUGCAUGUGUGCAUAUACAAUGAUUAACGAUGAUGAAAUUACUGAAAAUCCUAUUUGGUGGGAUUCCCCAUUGGUCAGAACAAGUUGUGCUAUUGUAGCUGGUUAUAUGACAUCAGAUGUUAUAAUCAUGACCAUCCACUAUAAGCAGAUUGGGGAAGUUUUCUAUGUGCUCCAUCAUGGUGCAUCAAUUUAUGCAUAUUAUUAUGUCAUGACCUAUGGAGUUUUACCUUACUUUGCCAAUUAUAGAUUAGUUGCUGAAUUUUCUACACCAUUUGUAAAUCAAAGGUGGUUUCUGUCACAGCUCGGUUAUGACAAAGCAAACCUUGUUUUUGUAUCCAAUGGUGUGGCCAUGGCAGUGACCUUCUUCAUUGUCCGCAUUGCAGUAAUGCCGUCCUAUUGGCACAGAGUUUACAGUGUCUACAACACCCCUGCAUUUAAUCGCCUGGGAUACAUUCAGCUGUGCUUGAUUAUCCCAUGCGUCAUCCUCGACAUCAUCAACAUUUACUGGUUCUAUAAAAUCUGUGUUGGGGCGUAUAAAAUUUGUUGCAUGUUUUUUGAGAAAGAAAAAUUUGAUGGUAAGAACUCAUCAGGGUCCAAGCUAAUCAGCAACACUUUUAAAACAAUAUUCACAAAGACAAAUCACCCAGUCAGUCAUAAACAUAUUGAUUAAAUUUACUGUGUUUUUUUUUUCUUUCUUUCUGUGAUUUUUUUAAAUUGACUUCAACAUAUUUUUAAUAUGUAUCCAUCUGCUUCAGUUUUAUGUGGAUGUUACAGCCAUACAGUGUAAGGGGCAGCAUGCUGCGCUAGUUGUGAAAUGGGUGGUCUGUCAGCACAAAUCUUCAGCUGAGCUUUGCAUUUAAAAAUCUUAGCUAAGAGUCCUAGUCAUGAAACCAGAAAGUAGACAAAAGGAAAACUUAAGGCUCAUACUUACAAAUUGGAACUAUAGAACUACAUAGAAAUAAACAGAAUUUUCUUAAAUUGGUAUCUUCAUAAGCAUUGUGCGUAUACAUACACUUUAAGGUACCAACAAAAUCGACUGUUUUUUUUUUUUUCCUGUACAACUUGAUUUAUGCUUCCAAUGAUUAAGAAAGUUCUGAAAGGCUCUGAUAGUUUAGUAUAAAUCUUUCAUUUACACACUAAUUGUAUAUAUAAAUAUAUAAAAGAAGAACCAAAAAGCUUAUACAAGUAAUUCUGCUAUUCAGUUUCUGUACACUUUACAAUAUUUUUUUUUUGUUACCCAUUGAAAACUCUAACAGUAAACACAUUGAGCACACUCUGUGUGUAGCAUGCUCAUUUAUCAAUAUAAACAAUACUUAUAAAAUAUGUUCAGUUCAAAUGAAUCUUUAUGUUGACCCUUUGCUGGUGGCUCAUUGUUGUUAUCAAAUUGAGUCUAGAAUAAUGUCUUUGAAAAUUAGGCAUGACAAGAAUAUAGUAACUUCAGUAGAAGCCAAUAAACAUUAUUAUUACAAUAUUCAGAUAUGGUAUUCUAUGUUCUUUCAGUUGUUUUAUUUAGCGUUGAACUUUUUGUAGAUGACUUGCUUUCAAAAACUGGUUUAUUAUUUCAUUGCUAUUACAGCCAUCUUAUUUACAGUUCAAGUAUGAAUUUUUUUUUCUUGUUUAAUAAUUUAAGAACAGGACCAAUUAGGGUUAUUAGGCCAUGAGAUCUCAUUUAUAUUUAUCAGUGCAAAGGAAUUAUUUCUCAAGCCAAUGAAACAUUGAAGAUUAGGGAAGAGUGCAUUAUUUUACCAUGUCUAUAACUUUCUUGUAUUCAGUUUUAAAUCUAUUUAAAAUCUUACAGCUGAAUGCUUUAUUUAUUAUUGUUUUCUUUAAUGAAAAAAAUACUAAAUUCUAAAAAAUGUGUGGCAUUAAUAACAUUUAAAAAUUUGUUUUUUUGUUUUGUUUUUUUUCUUCAAUACUAUUUCAUUUUGACAAGUUUGUGUCUGGUUUUUCUUACCAAAUUUGUAAACUUUUAAUCAUAAAUGUAUUUCUUUGUGGGGCCAAUUUUUUUUUGCUACUAUUAUGAAGCAGAGAAGAAAUAAAUAAAAAAUUCUUAUUUUAUAGUAUGUUGUGGUAUCCUAUAUCAAUACAUUUCUUACACAGAAUAUUGAUAUCAUUUGUUUGUGAUUAAAAAUUCAGCGUAGCAAGGAAAUUGCAUUUCAUUUUUGUAAGUUUUUGUUAUUUUACAACUUUUUAAAAAAAUAUUACUCUCUGUGACAUUAUAUUUCUUAUUAACAUAUUCAAUUUUAUCAUGUUUUGUUUUAAAAUUUUAGUUGCACUCUUGAACCACUGGAUAUUAAAUAUUAAUGUUCAUGUUGUUGUUAAGUUCUCUUUGUUGAGAUUGGCUUUGAGCUGUUUAACUUGAAAGAUUCAGUUAUAAACACAACUUCUGUGUAUACAGAAAAACCACCUUUUUUCCCCUCUCAAGACAACUAAACCAAGAUGGUAUCCCAGCAUCAGGCGCUCAAUCUUUGUUUUGAAAUUAACUUUUCAAUAUAGUAUGGCCUCCUACAGUCGCGAGGCGAGUAUGGAUUAUCUCAUGGAAAUGAGAUGAAUGUCUGGGUAUCGGAACAAUGUUGCCCACACCACAGUUUCCCCUUCUCCGUGCAGCUGAUGUAUCCAAAGGAACGGCUAGUGCCUAUACAGUUUGGUGUCACCAGCGUCGCAGGCUCUGGCAAGUUGUAGCACUGUGUGGUGCAAACUGAUUUAACAGCAUAACGGUUGCUAGAUCCUGAUUUUUGUUCAGAGUUGACUCCCAAAGCCUUUCCCCUGAUUGGGUAUAGCUGCAAGGCAGCAGAGGUUUGAAUUCAGUUUUCCUUCUCUUUUGGUGGGUAGCCAGCAAUUGUUAAAGAGACCCCUAUUGCCCAAAGCUUACUAGUUUAGGCGCAUGAUACUCGCCUUCACCCCUUUUCAAUACUAUGUCAAUGUAUCUCAAUUAAUUCAUCCAUUGAGCUGAGCAUCCAUGUUCUAAUUGGCUUUAAAAAAAAUGUAUUGUAAUGAUGGUCCACAAAACAGCUAAGAAAUCAGCUGUAUGUGCCAUCCCGUCACACAAUAUGCAUUGUCUUAAGGAUAUAAGUAGAAAUGAGUUACAUGAUUUUUUACUAUUUUGUGAGCCAUCAGAUUUCUGAUAUUUAUUGUAGAAGCAUAGCUGAGUCAAAUUUGUUCAGACCAAAAUGGGUUAGAAAGAUAAGAGGAAAAGUGAUAGAUCUGUGUUUAUAAUAAUUUAAAGGAAACUUACAAUAUCAAUCAAUGCAAUUUUAUUAGUGUCUUUAAUAAAUGUUACUGUAAUAAAAGCCAA